AUGACCGCAAAUUCACUCCUUUUCGCCUUCGUGGCGGCGUCUUCUGUCGUGGGAUGGGGGAUUAAUCCUACGGUUUCUAGCGGAAUGCAACGACCCUACGACCACGAGCAGCUCGCUAGCCGAUGUCACUGUUUAUCAAGCUGCCACCACUUCUCGGGCUCCGUCAAGAUCGUCGACAACGACCCAGUUGCCAAUGCUGUGAACUUGCGAGAGAUCCACAUUUUGGAUCUCGAGACUGUUGGCGGGGAUUUGAUCCUUGAGAAUCCCCCCUCGCUGGUUUCGUUAAAAGGCGACAAUCUGAAAAGGAUUGAUGGUACCUUUCGGAUGCACAACGUCAUCCAACUGGCGGCACUUCGGUUUCCGCAGCUCGAGAGCAUAGGUCCGAUAGAUUGGUUUACUCUUCGGUCCCUGGGAGUAUUUUCCUUUUCGCAUAGCGGCGUGUCCAUAGCCGAGAAUGGGAAUAUCUCUAUUAGCAACACCUUUUUGCGACUUGUGGAGAAUAUCAAUUCUCCUUCCGUCGCAGAUCUCGUGGUAACAUAUAAUUACCGUCUCAUCAUUCUUAGCCUGGCGGUAAAUAACGUGACCGGGAGCAUUGCUAUUGAGAAUGACGAGCAUCUUACCGUCAAUCUCCCGAAUUUUGAGCAUGUCGGGAACUUAUCUGUUAGUAAUGUGUUUAAACUCGGGGUUCCAUCCCUGAGGACUGUCGCCGGACCAGCACUGUUCAACAGCAAUCGUUUCAACUAUCUAAAUACUUCCGCUCUGACAACGGUGUCCAGAGAGAUGACAUACGCCGACAAUGAUGAAAUAGUUGACAUUUCUUUCCCAGCUUUAGCAUCUGUUGGAGGCUAG